UUUUCAUUCGCAGUAGCAGUGAAACAUAAGAUGAUGAGGAUGCUGAAUAAUUAACUUUGAUAUACAGUUUGAUUCGCCAAGUGUUCAACACAUUGAUUUGUUAUGAAGAGAAUGGAGUUUAAAGAAGAUUUAAAGAUUACAAAAUCUAUUGAAAAUUGUUCCUUGGAAGAAAAAUGUUCAAUGAAGAACUUGACUUUUGAUACUAAUCAAAAUUGUUGCUACUCUGACUUAAUUAAAACAGGACAUUUUGGUGAAUACAAUAUUACUUUGAAAAGUAGAGCGAUAGAUCAUAAAAGUCAGGAGGACAUCUACAACAACAUGAAAUACGGUGAUGGAGUUAAUUAUGUUACAUUUGAAGCUAUCAAAAGAAAUAUUCAUGAUUUGAUUUGGGCAACCAAAAAACCCAAAGUCGAACCAUUUUCCUUUCUUUGGCUGUUUCCAUCUAGAAGAACAAGAACGAAAUCCACUGAUGCAGAUAUAUACUUGGCAGCUGUAUUAGGUGUAUGUUCUAAACAGCAAAGACAAGAAUUGAUGAAAGUUAAAAACAAACGUUAUUAUGAUCAUGUCCCCCUAUCUCUGGCAUGUAAGAUAAGAAACCUUAAUCUCGUCAAAUUUUUUGUGGAGCAUUGUGAUGCUGACGUUAAUGGAAAUGAUGGCGAUGGUAAGCCAAUGCUUUGGGCAAUAGCAAAGCAAGAAGAACACAUUGUUCAUUACCUACUGAAACAUAAGGCUGAUCCAGGUAGGAAUGUUGCCCCCAAUUUCAACUUAUUGUUGUUCUCCAUGAAGAUACGUUCAUCAUCAGCAUGGCCAUCAUUUGGAUAUGAAGAAAGCUAUGACGAGGAUGAUGAAAAGGAACAUGAAUCUGACAAUGAGGUCAACGAAGAUGAUGAUGUUAUUGAUGAGGAUGAUACUGAUGAAGAUGAGGAUGAGGAUGAAAGACGUGAUUGCCCAGAUGACGAAGGUGAGUGGACUGAUGUUGACGAUGAUGAAAGUGAAUAUUCGUCAGAGGAUGAAGAUGACAGUUUAAAUGAAGAUGAAACAGAGGAAGAAAGUAUGAAUGGAUCUGAUGAUGAAAUUGAAUGUCGAAUAAGACUUGAUUUAACUAAGAAGAAUGAUGAGAAAAUUCCAGUUCCAUGUCAUCCUAAACUUAAAAUUGUUGUGUUGUUGAUUGCUUAUGGAGCCAUAGAGAAAUGCUCUGAGAGUCAACUGUUUGAUAUAUUUAGAGCUGUGCUACCAGAAGAGAGUACUAAUGUUAUAGUAAUGAAUACUGAGGGACAAUUGUAUGAAGCUUGUCUACCUAUAUUGUUAGACAAAGUUCCUAACCUAGCCAAUGUCAGGAAUGCUGAGGGAAUGUCAUUAUUGGGUUAUGAACUUCUACAUAAAGAUUAUAAUUAUAAGAGAUGCCAAAUUUCAAGUUACCUUGAGCCAUUUUUGGAUGAAUCUGAUGGCACAGAAGUCAACAAUGCCAAUGUUCUGAAGUAUUUUUACAUACCUUUGUUAGAGGAACAAGAAGAAACUAUAGAAACUAAUGUGAAUACUGUUCUAAAGUCUUGUAGAAUACAUCCUACCACAAAUAAUGUCAUAUGUAGUAAUAAUGAUUCCAAUCAUAACAAGUAUGUACAUCCUCUUAUUUUCUUAGCUGCCACUGGGAAGAGCUUAUUAGGAACAUGUUUGGAUAUGCCAAAGAUUCCUUUCCAUGUCAAGUUUGAUGCUUUAGAGAUAGCUGGUGCCAAUUUUGCCAAAUGGGGGUAUUAUACUGAUGCUGUAGAUUGUUGGAAUGCUGCCAACUGUAUCAGACAACAGAUAGUUACCCUUAAGAAUAAGAAUUCAGAGAGUAUUCAAGAAUAUGUGUCAAAGUGGGAGAAGGAUAUUCACAUAUCAGACGAAAUUGCAGAAGAGUUGCUGAAUCCUUAUGAAGAUUAUGUUGACAUGGAUACUAUAUAUAUAGACUUUGAUGAAGAUUCUCGUUCUAUUAUUCAGUCUGUUGAGGAGAGCUUUAAAAUGAAGUUGAACACAGGUACUGUACCAGAUAUUGUAGUCCAUUCACCCACAAAGUCAUUUGUAUCACAUCUCCACAGUUUAAACAGCCGUGAAAGUGGAUCAGAUAAUGUCUCAAGUGACACGGACAGUGAAGAUGAAGAGGAACAAAUAAUUAAAACUCGCAUUGCCAUUUUGACUAAGAGUAUUUUAAUUCACGAGAGACUGAUAGGUUUUGGAUGCCAUCAAACUAUGAGGGCAUUUCAUGCUUUAGCUAUCGAGUAUAAACGGCAUGACAAAGUCCAAGAAUUUGUUACUGUAAUGACAUACAGUUUCCCAUACCUUGUUAAGUAUAUUCCACAAGAGGAGUAUUAUGCAGUAAGCAGCAUUACAAAGACAUACACACUGACAAAGUUUAUUGACUCUUUAACCAAUGUACUUCUUACUGAAACGAAAAGAAGACGGUUAUCAUUUGAUCUACUGAUGGCUAUAUUUAAGUGUUUUUUCUUGCACGGUCUAGCCACUCCAAGAAAACAAAGAGAUUUCUCACAGUUUGCACCUCUUCUCUUGGCAAUCAAAUGUCUACAUAGAUUUGAGAAGACAGAUGAAGAAGACAGAAGAUUUUCACAAUUCUUGAGGAAAGUUCUCAAAGAUGACCUAAGGAAUAAUGUUAGACAGAGUCUACUGCACUAUGCCACACCAGUCACAAACAAAGCAUCGGAAAAAUUAGAGAAAGAAAUAAUAGGAUUAUCAGAGUUAGUUGAAAUCUUAUUAAGUUCAGGAGCAGAUCCAAAUACUGAGGACAAGUUUGGAAUGACACCCCUUCAUUUAGCCUACCGUGUCAGGUCCACUGAAUUGAAUGAGCUAGUGAACAACCAUUAUGAUAACCAGAUGAAUAUCAUCCAAGCCCUGUUGGGAGCUGGUGCUCACACUGACUGUAUCGAUGCUGCUAACAGAACACCCAUCUGGUAUUCCCAAACGUCAUCAAGUCCAUUGUGUCCUGUGGGUACACGAUCAUUGCAGUGCCUAGCUUCUGUUGCGAUUGUAAACAACUGUGAACCUUAUCAAGGACAGCUGUCAUCUCACAUGGUGAAAUUUGUGGACUUGCACAAGAAAAGGGGCAAAUUAACAACGGAUAUUUUUCUGGUGAAUCUUCUGAACAAGUCACAAAAAGGUCCAAAGUUUUUCUUCUGAAUAAAUCUCAAAAAG